AUGAAUGAGAUUCAACAAUCGCUUGCUAAAUUACCAGACUCGUUAUUAGGUUGGAAUAGCAAUUGUGUGGAAGAAGCAAAGAAUAUUGAUGUUAAAGAGUUAGAUUUUAAAGAAAUCGAAACAUUGAGAUUAGAUAAUGCACAAAAAAUUCUUGUUCAAAGACAAAACGAACAUGAACAACAAAUUGAAAAAGGCAAAAAAACAAUAAUUCCUAACACUAAUAAGAUUAAUAACAGCCUAAUAGGUAUUGAUAUGUUUGGUUCAACGGACGGUAUUAUUAAUGCAUUUCACACCAGCAUUAAUAUCACCAAUGAAAUUCUUGGGAAAAUGCCUCCAAAGAAACCAUCAGUAGAAAAAAGGAAAAAAAGUGCAAAUCAAGAAAACUUGAAAAGUGAUAAACAUUGA